AAAAGUCACCAUAGAGGGGUCAAAUCGUACUAAAAGUAGAACGCAAAUCAAUGUGCCAAUAACGACACAAUUAGACGGUUUUAGAAACAGAGCAAUGACGCAGGUAUAUUUAAAUGGUGCAAGAGAUGAACUCAAUGUCAGGGAAUACGACAGUUUAGAUUCAUCCGUUCAGGAGCUCAUUAGAGCCGCCACAGAGGCAAGAGACAAUGCAUAUUGUCCAUAUAGUAAUUUUGCAGUUGGUGCUGCCCUUCGCACCACUGAUGGCUCAAUCUACACUGGCUGCAACAUAGAGAACGGAGCAUACGCCGCAAGUAUAUGCGCAGAAAGGACGGCAGCCGUGAAGGCCUUAAGCGAAGGGAAACGCGAGUUUGUGGCUUGUGCCGUGGUUGCCCAGCAGGACACCGGGUUCACAACACCCUGUGGUGUCUGUCGGCAAUUUUUAUCAGAGUUCGUUACCAAUGGCAAGGACAUACCGCUGUAUGCAGCCAGGCCAAGCAGUUUGCCACUCCGUGUCCUGUGUACCAGUGUGCUGCAAUUGCUGCCAAACGGAUUUAGCUUUCAAAAUGGCAAAUGAAUCCCCAAAACCAUGUGCAAUCUUAAAUGUGUGAAUACCCCAUUUUGUUCUUGGUCAACUGUAAAUCUACCCCGAGUUGUUGUCAUGUGUAUAUACAGAUGUAGUUGUUAACUUCACAUGCAUACAUAUACAUACAUACAUACAAAUA